AGACUCUUGUAUCAUCGACCAAAACCUUAACCGUCUUGAUCAAACGGCUUCCGACUUGAGUCAUCGUUGACCAUUGCUCUCUGUAUUCGUGCUUAGGUGUGCAGUACUCCUCUCCCGAUCCACUCCUUUCUUCCCACCGAGCAAAGCAUUCGUCAGUAACUGUCAAAUUCGAUUCAAGGCACAGAAAGCACAGCAUGGAUGAGCAAGUCGAGCAGGCGGUCCGGGUCGCAUUAGAUCCCGCAGCGGAUCCAUCAUUGAAGAAACAAGCAAUGCAGUUUUGUGAACAAGUCAAGGCUUCGCCGGACGGUUGGCAGGUUUGUCUGGCAUUGUUCACGAAAGUUCCGAAAGCUUCAGAACCAGCAAGGUUCUUUGCGUUGCAGACUGUGAACGAUGCGUUGGAGCAUAGGCGGGAUACUCUGGGUGAAGGGAGUUUGGAGUAUAUCAGGACGACGUUGUUGAAUUUCGUGAAUGUGGAGUUUGUCAGUGGAAGUGGUGGGGAGGAUCCAGCGUAUCUGCGCAACAAAUUGGCACAGUCUUUCUCGUUUCUGUUUAUUGCGAUUUAUCCGACGUCAUGGCGUUCCUUCUUCGCUGAUUUUCUCUCAUUAUCGGUGUCUUCCGUUCCAUCAGGUCGACGAACGAACCCACGAACAGUCAACUUCUUCCUCCGCAUUUUGCUGGCCAUCAAUGUGGAGAUUGCGGAUGCGCUUUUUGUUCGGAGCCCGGCGGAGGUGCAGAGGAAUAAUGCGAUCAAGGAUGUGAUUCGAGACAAUGAUGUGACGAAGGUUACGACGGUGUUGAGGGAGUUGAUGUUGGAGUAUCAGGGCAGUGAUGAUGGUGCCGUGCAAUUGGCUUUACAGGUUAUUGGAUCAUGGAUCUCGUGGAUUGAUAUCAACUUGGUGGUGAAUGAGAGUUACAUGAACGUCAUCUUCAAUUACUUGUUGAAUGAGAAUUUGAGGAGUCAUGCUUGUGAAGCACUUGUGGAGAUCGUGGGGAAGAAGAUGUUGCCGCCUGGAAAGCUGGAACUAAUCUCAUUGUUGAAUUUGACGACGGUAAUGAAUCAACUCGAUACGAGUGCGGAUCCAGAAUUCAGUCAGCAUGUUGCGCGGUUGGCGAAUAUUCAGGGAGUGGAGUUGGCGAGGAUUCUUGAGGAUGGAAGCAUCACCCCGCAAGCACAGGCACAGGCAACGGCUCUUCUUCAGGGGUUGUUCCCGUUCUUGUUGAGGUUCUUGUCGGAUGAGUACGACGAGACGUCGAUGGCUGUGUACCCCUUCGUCACCGAUCUCCUUGCCAUGAUCCGAAAAGAGAAGAAACGCGGCGCGGUUGAUCCGGCAAAGGGACAGAUGCUCGGACCCCUCCUGAGUGCCAUGAUCCAGAAACUCCGCUACGAUGAUGAGUCGGAGUGGGGAUCUGAGGCUGAUGCGGACGAGGAAGCGGAGUUUCGGGACAUGCGGUCGAAGAUCAAGAUCUUCCAGGAAACAGUCGCGACGAUUGAUCCGGAACUUUUCAACAACGCUGUGUAUUCCGUCGUCUCGUCGACGUUGGGUAAACCUGCGCAGAGCUUGAACUGGAGAGAUCUGGAGUGCGCGUUGUUUCAGCUGUAUUCGUAUAGUGAGUGUAUCCGCGGCGCGCAGAUUUACGUCAAGAGCGAUCAGGAUCCGACGCCGACGCAGCUUGGUGGGAUGAUGGCUAUGCUCGUUAACUCUGAUGUCGCGACACACACACACCCCUCCAUUUUUCUCCAAUUCAUGGAGAUUGUGGUAAGGUAUGUUUCCUUCUUCCAGUUACAGUCUGCUUUCGUCCCCAAGGUCUUGGAAAUCUUCAUUGGACCGAAGGGGUUGCAUAAUGAGAAUGUGCAGGUGAGGACACGCGCUUGGUAUUUGUUUUACCGGUUCGUCAAGAGUUUGAAGAACAACUUGGGAAAUAUUGCGGAGGUUGCGUUGACUGCUAUGGGUGAUCUUCUUGUUGUCACAGCUGAGUUACCGUCGGAGGAUCUGGAGGCGGAGAACGAGAUGAGCGCGGAUGCUGCGACGUCGGGCGGAAGUUUCGAGAGCCAGCUGUAUUUGUUCGAGAGUGCGGGGUUGUUGAUCUCGGAUCAAUCUGUGCCUGCUGAGCAGCAGUUGGCCGUGGCACGGAAGUUGCUGGCGCCGUUAUUUGCUGAUAUUCAGCAGCGACUCGCUGGUAGUAAAACGGAUCAGUUGAAUGUGUUGCAGGUUCAUCACGACAUCAUGGCCAUCGGAACCUUCUGUAAGGGAUUCCCGGAGACGAUGAAGGGUGAGCCGGCGACGGCUGAGUGGGCGACGGCGUUUCUGGAGGCAACAGAAGUUAUUCUCGUUGCGCUUCAGACGUUCAAUACGGUGGAGAUUGUCCGUGAUGCUUCGAGGUUUGCGUUUGCGAGGUUAGUUAGUAUUCUGGGGUCGCGGUUGCUUCCGGAGACUCCGAGACUUAUCAAUGGGUUACUUACGGAGGCUAAGACGUCGGAGUUGGUUGAUUUCCUUCCCUUCUUGGGUCAGUUGAUUCACAAGUUUCAGCCGCAUAUCUUCGAUAUGCUCAACAACUUGUUGAUGCCUUUGUUGGGCCGGAUCUUCUCUACGCUCAACAACCCUGCGGAGGGAACGGAUGCUUUGCUCAAGAGGAUUGAGAUGCGCAAGGCGUACUUGAACUUUAUUCUUGCGAUCUUGAACAACCGUCUUGGCUCUGUCUUUGUUAGCGAGACGAACCAGGGUAACUUCGAGUCCAUCAUUCAAAGUAUUGUUCACUUUGGGUCUGAUGUGUCUGAUGCUCCGACGGCGAAGCUUGCGUUUGGUGUUUUGACGACUAUGGUUGCUACAUGGGGUGGUCCUAACAAGACUACUGCUAUUACUAACCAGCUCGUCGGUCAAGAUCUUCCUGGGUUCCAGAGGAUCAUGUACGAAAUCAUGACUCCAGUAUGCUUCGAGGUUCCUUCGAAACCUGAGUUCAACCCCCGAGAUGCUCAAGCGCAACUCCUCCUCUUCGAAAUCGCUUCCCUGCAGAAAGCUAUGUUCGAGCAAAAAGGCGACACCUUCAUCGUCGCCCUCCAGAACUACCUCGUCUCCAUCAACUUCCCCCAGCCCACCGCGGCAGAAUAUAUUCAGUCCCUUCGAACAAUGGACCUCCGCGACUUCAGAAAGUUCUUUUAUAACCUAAUUAUCGCUAGCCGUGGCUAGUUGGUGUGUUCCAGUACAGUGAUUCAGCAAGCAGCGAGCGAUUUUAGCUUUCAUUUUUCUCUACAUG